AGGUAAAAAAUGGUCCGCUAGAAAAUGAAAAUGAUCCAGAAUCUUACUGUAUAAUGAAUGGUCAACAAGGUCUGAAUAUUGGAUUGAUGUGAACUGGCACCUCAGUUUUAAACUCAAAUAAGGACAGAAUCAUGGUAGACGAGGAUACCACACGGCUCAUUAAUAAUGAUCAGCCUAGAUUGAGGACUUUUAAGUUCAUUGUAAUAGUUUUUGCUAUUACACUUACCAGGUUGCUAUUCGGAUAUGACCGUGGGGCACUAGGAGGAGCCUCACUUGGGUGGUUGGAGAAGAAAAUACUGACUGAUGCUCAAUACAGUGAGCUAGUCAGUCUGCCAAUUUUUGUUGCUAUAGCUGGGGGUUUAUUUGGAGGAUACCUUCAGAACAAACUAGGAAGAAAAGUGUCAAUUCUCGUCAGUGUUGGGUUCUACGGAUUAGGAUUGACUCUUUGUAUUAUGCUGAUAACUCCAACCUAUAGCAUUCUUAUGGUUGGGAGAAGCUUGUGCAAUUUUGGUUUUGGUAUGGGUCACGUGACCAGCUUAGUGUACCUUCUUGAACUGACACCCUCCUACAUGAGAGGAAAGAUACUGGUUGCUAAUCAGAUGGUAAAACCCUUUGGUAACAGUGUGUCUGGACUGGUUAAUCUUGCUAUUUCUAAAAGUGUUGGCAGCUCCGAGUGGAGGCUGAUGCUGGGCUCCAGUCUUAUCCCCUGUGCUCUACAGUUACUACUCAUGAUACCUAUACCCAUGUCCUACAAGUGGCUCUACGCUAACGAUAAACUGGAGCUGUCACAAAGAGAAGCUGAUAAGCUGUAUGUAGACCUCACUAGAGCCCAGUACAAGAAGCUUCUAGAUAUUAACGCUGAAAAAGAUGACGACGACAGUUCCUCUGUAACGGCAAUACAAACGAAGCGAAAGCCGAAGAUAAACCGUAGUAUUGUGAGACGGAUGGUAACUGUGGCUCUGGGGCUCAUCAUUGUUGGACAAGUUUCCGGUUUUUCAGCUGUUAUGUACUAUUCAGUCCAGAUUGGUCACACAAGUGGCAUUGGUGACGGUAAUGACAGCACAGGGGUAUUCCUUGUCAGCGAGGGAAUUUUCGUAGCUAACUUUGUGGGUGUGUUGAUAUCGCUACUGUUAAUAGAACGGUUAGGUAGAAGAAGGCUGCUGCUGAUAUCCCAGAUUGGUACGAUAUGCUCUAUUGCCCUCAUUGUUACUGCACUCUUCCUGGUUGACUCCAUGGCCAUGAGUGAUGACCCGUGGCCGAGUGUUGUUAAUACCGAGUGUUUGGUUGACACCUGUACCUCCUGUGUGGCCCAGCAAGCAUGUGGGUUCUGUCAGUUCAACACUACUCUUGGCUCGACUGGGUUCUGUAUAGACGGUAACGUGUCCCACUCUAUCCUGGACCGAUGUGAGACCCACGGGGGGACCUACACAUCCACUGACUGUCACUCUAAAAGUAACUGGUUCUUAGUGUUGUCGAUCAUAGCGUUCGUUAUAUACUUCUCCAUCGGACUAGCCCCCAUCCCCUUCGUCAUAGCUGCGGAGAUAUUCCCCCAACAUCUGCGGGACAUGUUCACAAGUAUCUCAGUCUCUACUUACUACAGUAUGACUGCUAUUGUGUCUCUUUCGUUCGGAGAAUUAUAUCCUAUUAUAGGGAUAAAGUACGUGUUCAUGCUGUUCGGAAUUCUGUCAGUGCUGGGUCUUUUCUUCGUCAUCUGCCUGGUGCCUGAGACCAAAGGGAAAACCCCAGCCACCAUGUACGAGCUGUUCGAGGAGCCCUGGUGUUGCGGUGGAUCACGUGGGGAGUACCACGUGAUUAACAGUCAGGCGAGUGAUGAAGAGGACAUUGUUAACACGUGAUCAAAAUGAAGGGAGUGAGGAGAAUGAGGAGAAUAUUGUUUGAUUGCUUUUAACUGCUGAUGAUCAGAUCGGGCAGGGUUUUCUCAAAACAAAAUAGAGGGCUAUAACACUUGUAGUGCUCCUGACGAGGUGACGUAAGGUUUGGAGUCGUGUUUCACACGGGGGUGCAGGGUAGUCAGAUGAUGUGCUAUCAGUAGUUAUAUUAUGUUAUCAGUACUAGUCACGAGAGCGUGGUUUAGCGAAAAUUUCACGAAAAGUUUUUGCAGAUAUUUGAGAUACGUCGGAACAUUACAUAAAAUGUCUUUAAGGAUUCAAUGAAAUAGGAUGAAGGAUUUCUGAAUGAUUUCUUUGUGUUUAUACUUUAUAUUGUGAUGAAAAAGCAGCAGUAAUGGUAGUUGCACGGUAAGCAAGAAACUUAGAAAUUUCUUUUCUUAAAUUUAUAUCGGAUUCUGAUCGAUUAGAAGUCGACCUUCGAGAUCACAGAAAGUGUAUUUUGAUUGCGGAAAGUUAGGGCACCUUCAAAUUUUAAUCAAUGCAGCUCUCUUCAAAGUUUCAAAAUAAACACAUUAUGCACAUUGCACAAGUAGUUGUGAUUUAAUUUUUACGAUAUAUCGCUAUUUUUUAAGUUUAGGGUUUAUAAGUUAUCAAUAUAUUUAUUGCUUCUGCAAAUUGGGGAUCUGAUUUUGUUGCACUUGCGUGACCCCACUAAAACAUCUAAUCAGAUUCCCUUAAGCAGUUUGCAGGCUGAUUAGAUUUAUCCUUUACGGUUUAAUUAAUAUUCAAAAUACUUAAUUGUUACAGUUCAAAGUUGAUGCUCGGUCGUUCUUUUUACUUAGUAACAAUGUUCAGGUCAGACUAAUUUGUUCGAAAGUUGCAUUAGUUAUACAAAAACAUUUGAUACAUAGUUACGUGGUAAAAAGAACGUCAUGUUUGUUGCAUGCCGAUUUAAUUAUUAAUUUAACUCAGAACUUAUUACGAAUUUGUUUGUACUCAUUCAAAGAUCAUGACGUUUUGUAUUCAGAUAUAAUAUAUCUGUUUUUAAACUUUGAAUGAGGCAAGCUAUUAUUAUGAUCAGAUUGAUGAUAAAAGAUCAAAAUCAAUUCUUGUAAAAUUAUGACUUGACGUAAUUUAGCAACUUAAUGAUUAGUAUUAUAUUAGUAGUUUUCAGUUUCGGUAAUUUGAGAAGAAAAUUGUGUUGAUAUGUUUUUGAAGUACACUGCGUUCAAGUGUUUGUUCCGUCAAUGAUAUAAUAUUACUUUUGAUAUUUUGUUCUAUUUUAACUUUUAUCAGAUAA